UGUCAUCAAAGUGAGUCUGUCAAAGCUAAGCUCAUCAACAUGUUUUCAUUUAGACAUUUUCUGAGAGAAAUCAAUAGAUUAGCUUGAGUACAUCAGAGGAGCUCUGACAGUUUGCAUUAUUAUUGCUGCAGUUGUGUUUUAGGUCAUUCACAUAGAUCCCUUUUUGGAUUAGUAAGAGAUAGCCCCACCCAUUUAAGAACAGGUCAAAACACUUAUGUAUAUAUACUUAGCUGGGCAGGUUGGAAAGUUGCUAGUCAAUUGACAUUUUGCUCCUACUUGUAGCUGGAAUAUUACAUACACACUGUAGUAAACAAACUACUUUCACAACAGGAUUGUGGGCUACUGUUGUUUUUACUCAUCUAAGGACUUUGAAUAAGGUUUCAACUGUGGUCAAGAUGGGCAAUGAGCAUUCCAAAAACACGAGUGAACUGCCUCAUGAGAAGCACCAGAAUGGAGGAUUGAAUGGCCAUGCUAUGAGCAUCUCAUCCAAUGACCCGGAGAAUGAUGUUACCUGUGAAACAGCUGUGGAGCAGAACAGUACACCUCCCUUACUGCCUCCCUCUGCUGAGCCAGCUAUAGUGGAGCCAGACAGCAGCUGCCCUGGGCUUGAGGUUGUGAAAGAGGAGCCUGUCAUCAAGACGGUUCCACAAGCAGAACCAGAGACUCACGAUGCUAAAAGUCAAACCACACCGGAGCCUGAACCAGCCCCUCAAGAGAAAGAGCCUAAAAAUGAUUUGAAAGAAAAAGUAAACAUCUUCAAUAAGCUACUCAAGAAAAAGGUUAAGCCUCAGCCCACACCCAACCCUGAUCCAGACCCUAAAAUGGAGGAGGCCGUAGAGGAAAAGGCUGCUGAGGACAGUAAGAGUUCCCCAGUAAAUCCGACUGUCUCUGAGAAAGUGACUGAGGGGAUCCAGGCUGUAAGUAUCCAGGCUGAGCCGCGUGCUGAGGCGAGACAGGAUCCAGAUACUUUGGAGGAGCCUCCCAACCCUAUUCUAGAGGAAGAGGAGGUCAAACACCCUGAUAUUGACCAGGAAAGCAUUCACCUACAGGAAAAACUAGAGGAAAGCCAAGCGACUGAGAGUCAAGCAGAUAAGAAUUCAGUUAUGAACUUCUUCAAAACACUAAUGACUCCUACCAAAAAAAACAAGCAAGACAGCACAACCCCUGAUGUUGCAACAGACCAGCCUUACUUUACCUUCAGUAGAAAGACAACAUCUUUCUCACUGCUUACACCAACAAAGUCACAGAAGGAACCCCACCCAACAGCGACAACUACUGUUGCACAAGUAGUUGAUGCUCCAACAGCAGCCAAAGGAGGAAUGUCAUACCCACCACCCCCACCUCCAGCUCCAGUGCCACCUAAAAUGGAGGUUAAAGCAGAACUAGCAGCCCAACCUGUGACAAACUCACCAAAGGAAGAACAAAAGGGUGCUGCUAAAGAGCCAGAUGCCACCAAGCCUAAAGUCAGCAGCCCAUUCAGCAAACUUUUUAGCAAAAAGACAGCAGAGACAGUGGAGCCCCUGACAGUUCUUGAAGUACAGAAGAUAGACGCCUCAAAGACGGCCACCCUGGAGGCCUCAGCAAAGCCAGAACCACUGUCACCUUCACUGGAGGAGGACAAGAAGGCUGCUUCAACAAAAGCUUCUUCUUUUGCCUCCAUUUCCCUUUUCAAGCCCAAGGACCUGCUAAACCAAAUGGCCUCAAAAGUCCAGGUGGCCUCAACAAGCGGAGUCCGAUUCCUCAAGAAACCUUUCAAAGGGGCUGCUGAGCCCAAAAAGGAAGCUCCUGCCCAAGCUGCAGAAGUCAUAGCUGGCCCAAGUGUAGCCAAGGAGGAACCAAAGAUCCCUGAAGCCCCUGCUGUGAACAGCAAGCCUGUGUCAGGGCCCCCCGAGGAUGGGGAGAAUACCCCUGUCCUCUCUAAGAGGCUGGAGAAGAGGAACUCCAUCCAUUUGUUCUUCAAAAACCUGGGGAAACGCCAGUCAGAUGCAGGAGUACAAACAGAACCAGAGAAGACCAAAUAAGAAAGAAAAUGCCACUUAAUUCUUCAUGUACCAUAUUUCUGCCCCUAAAAAAUCUUCUGGAAAUGAACUUUUGAUUUGUUUGAUCAACUGAUCGCUGUGGUGAUAAAAGCAUGUGCUUGAGGGAAAGAGGAUAAACUGUGGACUGGCUUGGUCUAGUCUUUGUUGAGGAUUUAAGAUAGGUGUUUGUUGUGAAGGAGGUCAUAUAUAUUUGUUGUUUUAAAGGUUUGAGAGGUAGAGGAAAUAGUGUACUUUGACUUAUUUUCUAUAGCCUUUGCUUUCAAACGUGAUCUCUUUUUUUCUGUAAAUGAUACAUUUACACUGGUUUUAGAGAUUAAUAUACUGUAUCUAAUAAUCUAAUGCAAUGUAUAACUUGAUGUUUUAUUAUUUCACUUUGUUUACCUACAUAACUAGUCUGAAAGAAUUAAUAGUACACAAAAUGGUUUCACAUAUGUUUGUAGAAUGGUUUGGAGAAGAGAUGGAUGAAACUCAGCUUGAGAUAUACAUGUUUAUACUCAACAUGUAAUGAAGGAUUUGGCGAAAUGGUUCCUGUUCAUGACAAGAUAAUAAUAUUUUCCCUAAACAUGUGCACUUUACAAUGUACUAUUUUAAAGGAAUGGUGCACUAAUGCGAAAUUAGUGCACCAAUCCUUAAAUUACAAUUUAUGAUUAUAAUCUUACAUGGAGAGACAUCACAAUCACUACAUUUGUUGGACUACACAUAAACUACACAGAUUAUCUGGUAGUCUACAACUAAUGCUGCACAGCCAUGAAUAACAUUUCAUUGACUAAGAAUGGUAAUUAGCUGUCCUCCAUCAUGAAAUCAAGAAUAGGACUAUAGAUUAGUCUCAGAUUGGUGUCACAUAUAUCUUAGACACCACUUUCACAAUGUUUAUUUAACUUGGGUGAAUGAUUGUUCUUGCAACACCUAACUACACUGAUUGGCCAGUUGGAGGCACUAUAAGCGAUCAAAAAAGCUAACUUGGCAAAGUCAUGCCUAUUUCGCCAUUUAAUCUGAAAUCAUAUAAUUCUGUACAUUGGUCUGACUCCAUAUAUUCCAACAAUCCAUAAGGUCCUAAAUGUUGAAUCGCCAUUCUUAAAUUUCUGAAAAUCUGACAAAAUGCUACUUUUCUGUGAAUAGCCAAUCAACAGAAAAUCGGAUAUACCACAUUAAUGGACAAAGUUGUUGAACACAAUAUAUUUCAAAUUGGUACCUAAGACAAAAUGGCUGCUACUCACCAUGAACUUUGUAUGAGCGUGGUCUGGCCCAUGGAUGCAAAUCAAUCAAUCAUGGAUAUUUUCAUAUAGUAUCAAAAUGUGGUACACCUAUUGUAAACACUGUCAAGACUCAACAUGACCAUUCUAUAAGUGGCACAGGUUUAUGUAGCUUCAUCUCUUUGACUCAAAGUGAAAACAUUUGGCACACAUGCUCAGGGAUAUUAGUCAUGCGAUAUCUCAGACAACAAUGGUGCAGUUUUGACUAAAAAGGUGAAAUUGUCUUCUCAUAGAAAUCCCACAUUUACAAAACUAUACUGAGUGGACAAGGGGCGUUGCAUCAUAAGGGGGGGGUCAACGUGGUACUCUUGUCUUGUUUUAAUUUGAUUGCACUUCUUUACAUACAUUAUGUGUGCUUGUAUGAAAUCUUAUUCAUUUUGGUGAUGAUGUCUAUUUAUUUCUGUAUCUAUGUGGACUGAAUCUGCAAAUAGAUUACUUCCUGUGCCAACCUUCACAGAUAUGCUACGAUAUUAACAAACUAUUUGUUUAUUAAAUCUAUAUAUCUCUAACUGUA